UGGGUUGCUUUGUUUUGUCCACUUCAGAUUAUUUCGUGAGUCCUCGUGAGUCCUCUGGCCUACUUUGAUUGUCCGAGAACAACGUGAAUUUGUAAAGUCACAGAAUUUAUCAAAAGUUGCUCUAAUUUGCAGCCUCAAUCAGGCGCCAAAUUCUAGAGUUUCAUUCACGCGUGGCCCCUAUUUGCCGCUCGCGUGUCCCAUGCUAGGCAGGAACACUCGUCGGUGUAAGGUUUCGGUUCCCGGAAUGUUAAGCGAUUAACAACUCAAUUUCUCGGUAUCGGUCAUUACGCACCUUGGCGGAUUUUGGGCGGCGGUGGAGGACCAAAAGCAAAUUCGUCGCUAUUUGAAUGGUGAAAAGGGCCACCUCCGCGGUUGAAGACAUGAAUAACGUAAAUGUGGUUUUCAACGUGUCGAAAAAUGAGCUCUUCAAGCUACCGGACAAUUAUAAAACACUGCAUCGGAAGUUGAAAGUUAGCUACAGGGUUGAAAGCAAUAAAAAUGAUAUCACACCGGAGAUCUUGAAAGGAGCUUCGGUAUUUGUGUUAGCUGGUCCACAGGAAAAAUUCACUGAGACGGAGUUUCAAUAUCUUAAGGACUAUAUCUCAGAAGGUGGACGACUUUUGCUUCUACUAGGUGAAGGUGGCGAAAUUAAUUUUAAUACAAAUGUGAAUUUUCUCCUUGAAGACUAUGGAAUGACAAUCAACAGCGAUGCGGUUGUUCGACCUCAGUACUACAAAUAUUUUCAUCCAAAAGAGGCCUUGAUCAGCGGAGGUAUCGCCAGUGAUACCAUGAACAACUCUCUUCUAGAAUUUAGUAAAAGUAUCCUGACUGCAUUUGAUUUUAUGGACAACAAAUACAAAGUAGAAUUUGUUUAUCCUUUUGGAGCAACUAUGAACAUCAUUCAACCAUCCAAUGUCCUGCUGACUACAGGGCCUGUCGUGUAUCCUUUCAAUCGUCCACUCGCAGGAUAUUAUCAAAACGAGGCUAAUGGCAAACUAAUAGCCAUCGGAUCCGGCCAUAUGUUUCAAGAUAAGUACAUAACCAACGAAAUCAACACGGCCAUAUGGGACAGCAUCUUCGGCUUGAUCCUCGAAGACAAUUUCAAAUUCAAAUCAUCGGAUUUCAAUGAUCUGGAGAUUAAUGACUACGCAAUCAUCCCCGAUACGAUCUAUCUGGCCGAGCAGCCGAAGAUCUGCCUGAUGGAUUCGCUCGACUACGACAUCCCGGCCGACUUCAAGAAGCUAUUCGAUAUGGGCCUGCAUUCGAUCAACAACGAUUUGCUGCGCGAUGUUAUCAAUACCUAUGAAAAGUUGGACGUGCAAUAUGAACCGCUCAAGAUCAUCAAGCCGCAGUUCGAGAUCCCAUUACCGCCGCUGCAGCUUGCGGUUUUUCAACCGAUAUUCAGCGAUCUGUCGGCGCCUCCGUUAGAGCUGUUUGAUCUGGAUGAGGCCUUCAGCUCGGAGAAAGCGCAGAUCACGCAGCUCACCAAUAAGUGCCUAUCGCCGGCCUUGGAAGGGAACAAUCGGAGAGCGGUGGACGAGAAAGAACUGGGCUACUUCAUACAGGAAUGUGGGCGUAUUUUGAAGGUUUGCCAGGACGAUCAACGCAUGACGGCCAAGGAGAUUUUGAAUUCGAUCAGUGUGAAGGUGGCUCACUAUAAGAAACUUGAUAAAGAAUAAAGUGUGAAUUUUGGGUCCACCCUAA